UGCCUAAGCGGAAGUGUUAAGACUACGUGGGGAAGAAAGGUUGGUCCGAUAUGUGUUUGAAAAAUCGUAUUAUUGCCGGUGGGUCAAUGUUUUAGAAACCGACCAUUCAUGAGUGCUCGGAUCCGUUCCCCACCCCUUUAGGCAAAUGUCGGCACACCGUGCGCACCGGGGAGAAUAAAUGGGAGGGACGGCGCGAGAUCUGUAAUGCUGCGCCGGUCGCGGGUGUAUCUCCGGCAGGUGGUGAAUCUGAUGGCCCGGAGACCCGAUCUGUUGUGUGGAGCCAUCCUGCUAAGCGUCCUCCUCAUACUAGCGGUCAAAUUUACUUGCAGGGACAUUGGAAAUGGGCUUCAAUGGCCUCUUGGCCAGACGGACCUGCAGAACAAAUCCCAAAUUUGCCAAAGCCGGGCGAAGAAUGUGGUGGCCCAGGCUCCGGCGCCGGUGCGGUUCUUCGCGGCGGACGCCCCGGUGGUGGACCUGUACCUGGGCCAGCUGGAGCAGGUGGAGCGACUGAGGGCGCUGGCCGAGGUCUCGCUGGUCUUCUUCUACGCGCCCUGGUGCGCGCACUCUGUGGCCGCCCGCGACCAGCUGCAGCACGUGGCCCAACGCCUCGGCCACGAGGUGCUGUUUGUGGCAGUGAACUGCUGGUGGAACCAGGGGAAGUGCCGGCGACAGAAGAACUUCUACCAGUACCCCGUCAUCCACAUCUACUACAGAAGGUUUGGGCCCAUUGAGUAUAAGGGUCCCUUCACUGCGCUCUAUGUGGAGCGCUUUAUCCAGAAGGUUGUGACCCCUCUCACGUAUCUCCCGUCCAGGGACAUCCUCGAGGACUUCCUCUCCUACCAUGAGACAGGGGUGGUGGGGUUCUUCGAGUUCAACUCCUCCCCCCAGCCUCCAGGCUACAUCACCUUCCUCUCCUCAGCCCUGCAAGCCCUCAAGAGAGAUUUUCAGGGGGUGGUGCGUUUUGGCGUGGUGACCAAUCGCAGGGUAGCAGAGGCCAUCUCAGUCCAGGAGGAUGAGACGGUCUACCUCCACAGACACUUCAACUCCUCCCUGAUCUUCCCACGUUGGGAGCGUAACUUCACAGCGGAGAACAUCUGCAGCUGGGUGUUCCAGCACCGGGAGAGCCUGUUGCCCUGGGUGCCCCAGACCGGCGCCAAGAGCCGCAGCCUGGAGCAGGAGCUCCGCAAGGGCCCCGCGCUCCUCCUCUUCCUGCCACAUGACCCGCUGGCAGCCAAUCACCCGCUGCAGGAGCAGAUUGCGGAGAUUGCCGUGCGCUAUCACUCGUGUCCAGAGGAUCUGAUCUCACAGUACACUAAGGGCGGCGUCGGGGUCUCCCGCGUCCCGGUAGGUCCGCUCUGCUGCAACACCCUGGUGCUGCCCGGCUGGAGCUCAGUGUCCGGUUCUGCCCAGAACGUCUGCGAGCUCUGCCUGAACCGCUCCGUCGGACCUGCUGCGGUGGCCUCGGCGAACCCGGCAUCCCCAGACGGGGGCAGAAACGGGAUCGUUGACCGCGGCGGUGACCGUGGCGCUCGUGGUUCCCACCGCUGCUCUGUGCUCGAGCUGGAGGCGGUGCUGGAGUCCUACCUGCGGCACCUGUCCGUCUCGGGCGGGCGCCUCACCCCCCACGCUCACACCCACACGCCGCCCGCUCUGCUCGCCCCCACCUGCAGCAACGUCCGCAACACCUACAACCCCUUCAGCCACUACAGUGCCUGCUGUGGCCCCCUGCUGGCCAAGACGGGAAACCGCACCCGUGCCUCUUCAGACGAGUCGCAGGAGUCGCGGGUCUCCCCGAGCGAGCCCGCCAACGCCUCCGCGACAGCGGCCGCGGACGACUGCCCGUUGGGCGACGGGAUCGCGGGGCUCCGCUGUCGGACGAACAAGACGCUGCGGUUCUACCUGCUGGACUCGCACCUGCACUGGGAGCUCGCCACCCGGCUCGGAGCGCCAGGGAACCGGAACAACAGCGAUCGCACUUUCGCUGCGAUUGUGGACCUCCAAGACGAGACUCACUAUGUUCUGGAUCACAGAGGACGCCUAAUGGACACACUAGAACCCUUCAUCCAGAACUUCAGCACACCUCAUAGCCAUUUAAAGAGGCAUCUAGUCGGCGACAAAAGACCUCAACCCCCACAAUCCUUCAUUCAGGAAGUGACAACAGACACCUUCCUGGACAUUGUUAUGGACCCCAAAAGGGACGUGCUGCUCCUGUACUACACUAACUGGUGCGGCUUCUGCUCCGUGUUGAACCAUGUCCUCCUCCAGCUGGCCCGCCUCCUCCAGAGCAACCGCAGGUUCACCGUGGCCAGGGUGAACGUUGCCAGUAACGAUCUGCCCUGGGAAUUCAUGGUGGACCACUUCCCUUCCAUUCUGCUCUUCCCUAGACACAGGAAGCAGUUGAGUGUGAAGUUCGCCGACGACGUGCGCUUCACGCUCCCCAACCUGCUCCGUUUCGUCCUGACGCACACCACCGAUGAACCCCACCCUGUGGAACCCUCCUCCUCUUCCUCUUCCUCCUCCUCAUCUUCCUCUUCUUCCUCCUCUUCAUCCUCGGCAGCCCGCUCCCUCCUGGAGGCGCAGGUGCGGGCCCUCCGCGGCGAGGUGCGGGUUCUCCACCGGGCGCACGGGCGUCUCUCGCGGCAGCUGGCGGGCGUGUGGCGGGAGCGCCGCGCGCUGGCGUUCCAGGCCCGGGCGCUGGCGGCCGAGAACGGCGAGCUGCGUCGGCGCGGCGACGAGCUGGAGGAGCGCCGGCGGGAGAAGAGCCGCGAGCUGGCCGACGCCGUGGGGCGCCUGCGCGAGCUGGCCGACGCCUCGCGAGGCCUGCUGGCCGAGAACACCGUGCUCAAGGUGCUCCUCGCUGCCCUGAGGGAGCGCGGAGGAGGAGGAGGAGGAGAGGGAGGAGACGAAGAGGAGGGAGCAGUAGGAGGAGGAGGAGGAGGAGGAGACGAAGAGGAGGGAGCAGUAGAAGGAGGAGGAGACGACCGGAGAGAGACCGAUCAGGAAGGAGGAAGAGGAGGUGAGGCGGGCAACCGUGAGGUCUCAUGAUGAAGAGGAGGAUGAUGAUGAUUAUGAUGAGAGGGAAGAGGAAGAGGAAGGAACAGAUGCGUGGGCUCUGAUGGAGUGAGUCAACACUGCUGUGGCCGCCGCUGCAGCUGUAGCUGUCGGCGCUAACCACUGGUCUAGACGAAAAGCAAAGACGAGCCAACGAAGAGCAAAUGCAGGCGAAGAAAAGAGGAGAUACUUUGCCACCCUGUGGAAGACCAGGGUACUACAUCAGCUCAGCCAUUGAGGCCCAGAUUGAGUUGACGGGGGUCUGGGCACAAACCCAGAGACUGUAUGAGGCAGCAACAAAUCACAUCCUUAAAGACCACUUUAAAAAAAUGUUUUGCUUUGAAGUAGCUGUUGAUCACGUGUAAUCGGUGGGCUUCUGCUCCAUGGCCUUAAACUCAGGAGUAGAUGGAGCAGUCUGUCUGUCUGUCUGUCUGUCUGUCUGUCUGUGGAAUCAGUUAUCACCUGGACACACACGGGCCCCUCAGAUCCUGCGGUCCCAGGACAUUGAGGCAUCAUCACCUGAACCUGUACAUGGUUCUGAGGAGAGAGGGUUCUAAAAGUAGAUGGAUUGGACACGAUGCGGUUCCUCCGACCCACCCCCCAAUAGAUAACAAUAACAAAAUUAGGACUCAUCCAAAAUAUUUUUUUAGCUUCAAACAUUGAGGCUAUAUUUCCAUAUGUAUGAAGGGGAUGUAAUUGAUUGUUUCUUAGUGAUGGCAACACUUUUUUUUUUUUCUUUUUUUUUUUUCUUAAUCUUUUUCGGUUUGCCAGAUUAUAUUGUUGUUGCAGUGUUUGUCAUAAAAAAGUUUUCUAUUUUUACACGGAUCCUCGAAUCACAAAAAUAAGAGAAGAGAGCAUCUAUUCUUAUGUACGUAUUCAGGUAUGAAAAGCAAACUGCUGCAUCUGUUUACAUGAGCGUGUGAUGUACAGAUUUCUACUGAUUAAAGUUAAUUUAACUUAAA